AUGUCUCAAUAUGCACGAGAGACAAGUCGUAGUGACUAUCCUGACGUUGCUCGGUUGGCUCAGUUGUUUCUUAGCUGGCCUGACAGCAAUGAGUAUCAUAUAUCUGAAUGCAAUAUGAUUUUAUUGCCUUGGGAUAUUGUUGGGUUAUUCCAGUUGUUCGUCUUGGAUCGGCACAAAAAAGUUAUCUCUUUUUUGGACCCGCUUCCAAUACCAUAUUUGGCGAAGACUAUACUUAAAAAUGUGGCCGAUAAUUUUAAUCUUGCCCUCGAAGUUGCAAACCCUGCAUCAAAGGAUGACAUAACUAAAUGGGGUUGCAAGGCUCCCAAAGUUCCAACAAAUCUAGACGAUGCUCUGUCGGGUUAUUUGGUUUUUGAGUUCAUGCAUUCAUGGUACGAUGGAUUGCUACAUUUUCCAGUACCCACGGACGGUUUUCAACUAAGGAAGCGAUUUUUGGUUCACAUCCUGAAGUAUGAAGCAAACGAAGCUUUAAGCAAUAUCCCAGCCAUUGCACGAAGCCUUAUUGAUCGCAUAAAAAAGUGGACCUUCAAGAAAGAACCGUCAUCCGCGAAUAAAUAGAAGAUACAAUGUUGCUUAGUUAUUUUAUCUGUCACUCAUAUUUCGCCAUGUAUCAAGAAUACAUAGAUGGACCUUCAAGAAGAAACAUAAUACAUAUUGUUGCUUAGUUUA